AAUUAUAACCGUACGCACUUUAAUCUCCCUAAACGAUUUCGUCUGCUGUCCGUUUAAGUCGAGCAGCUGAAGCUUUUAAGUUCCACGCUUCUCGUUUUUAGUUUACGGUUUUGGUUAGAACGAAAAUAUUUCACCAUAAAUAUUAAGGUGGCAGUCGGAUGUAGCCUGAAUUAUCGGAUUCUAUAUUUUACACUUUGCAGAUAACAUCAAACAGAAGGCUUGCAGGUUUGGUAACCACCUCCACUGGAGCCUCGGACAAUAAGAGGCGCGAGAGAAGAAGCUCUCUUCAAUAUUUACUCCAACUUUACCUCCGCGUCCAACUUUAGCAUGAUGUCGUAUCUUAAGCAACCGCCUUACCCGGUUAACGGGCUGAGUUUAACCACGUCCGGUAUGGACCUGCUGCAUCCGUCUGUGGGAUAUCCAGCUACUCCUCGAAAGCAGCGUCGGGAAAGAACAACGUUCACUCGGGCUCAGCUCGACGUGCUCGAGGCGCUGUUCGCUAAAACGCGCUACCCGGACAUCUUCAUGCGCGAGGAGGUGGCCCUGAAAAUCAACCUGCCGGAGUCCCGUGUACAGGUUUGGUUCAAAAAUCGGCGCGCAAAAUGCCGACAGCAGCAACAACAGCAGCAAAACGGCGGCCAGAAUAAAGUGCGACCGGCCAAGAAGAAGAGCUCCCCGGCGCGGGAGGCGAGCUCAGAGAGCGGGGCUAGCGGUCAGUUCACGCCGCCCUCUAGUACCUCCGUGCCGUCUAUAAGCAGCACGGCGGCUCCCGUGUCCAUUUGGAGCCCGGCCUCCAUCUCGCCACUGUCGGAAGUGCUCUCCACCUCGUCGUCGUCGUCGUGCAUGCAGCGCUCGUAUCCGAUGACCUACACGCAGGCGACAUCCGGUUACGGCCAAGGCUACGCGGGCUCAGCGUCCUACUUUGGAGGCAUGGAGUGCGGUUCAUACCUGGCGCCCAUGCACCACCAGCUGUCGGCUCCAGCAGCCUCCGCUCUCAGCCCCAUGAGCACCAGCGCCGUCACCAGCCACCUGAACCAACCUUCUGCUCAGGGCUACGGCGCCUCGGGCCUCGGCUUCAACUCCACUGCGGCAGACUGCCUGGACUACAAAGAUCAAACAUCCUCUUGGAAGCUCAACUUCAACGCUGAUUGCUUGGAUUACAAAGAUCAGACUUCCUCCUGGAAGUUUCAGGUGUUGUGAGAGCAGCAAGCGAGUUUGUUUUUAAACAAAAUGAAAGAAAAAAAAAAUCUAAAAGACUAGACAAGACACACACUGCAUACCUGCCAUCCUUCAAAAAUCAGACAAAUAAAUUUCGUGAGGUGGAUGAGUUGCGCUGCGCCUGCCUCGAGUUAGUCACUCCUGUUUCUAAGUAACAAGGUAAAUUAUAUAAAUGGUCCCGGAGUCAUAUAAAAGCGCAUACACGAGCUAUACGACCACAAGCUGUUAUUUAAGGAAAAGAGAACCCAAGUGAACUUGUAAUAAGUUAGAUCACAGCCAUGGAACAAAUCCUAACCCAUGAAAAGAGGAGAAGAAAAACACUACAUGUUAAAUGAAGACAGUCUAUAAGUUAAGUGUCUGGAAUGAGCAGGCUUCUGCAUCCAAAACCUCUUACAGCACGCCGACUUAUGCCCAUGAUGGCAAAACGAGAGACACUUCCAUCAGGACGAUGUGAACAGGAGAGAGAUGCGUGUUUGCGUUUGUGUGUGUGUGUGUGUGUGUGAGGGAGAGAGAGAGAGCGAGAGAGAGAGAGAGAGAGAGAGUGAGUGUGUGUGUGUGUGCUGAACGCCCCCAGGGCGACCUGGAUGCACUACUUUAUUUAAGAAAAAGUGUUUAUAAGGAAUCAAUAUGUAGUUUUUAAGAGACAAUCAAUGUGUGUCUUAUAUAAAUGGUACAUGUGUUUUGUUUUUUUAAAUCUGUGCUAGCCUUCGAAACUGUGAUCUGUUGUAACUGUAUGCAAUUUGUGCGCUCCCUCGCAACCGCGAAAACUCGGCUGUGAUUUUAAUAGAUUUUUCACUCUUUUCCUUUGAAGAAAAAAAAAAUUACGAAAUGAUAUUAGUCACUUAUGAAUUUAAUUUGAGCGAACCUUUUAAAAGACAAAUCUGCUAAAUUUGUUGAGAGUCUAAGAAAGUGGGUAUUCCCUUCCGCUGAUCUCCUUUUGGUCUUUAGUGAGCCACUGGCGAGGAUUUCCAACGCGGAUCUUUAACCUGUCUGGAGUAGUAAUGUGGUCCCACCAUUGCAGAGAACAUUAAUAAACGAUUUCACAUUUGACUCGAUAUUAAAAGUCAUUCAGUCUGACUGAAGGUGUAUGUAAAAUAAAUGAGUGAAUGUGCAAGCGUGCGUGUG